AUGUUGAUUCUUGGCCUCUUAUUAGGACCAAAUAAAAAUGAAGUUCAUUUAUCGGUUACAAGUAAUUACUCUACUAGUAGGAAUAUCAGAAUAGCUGUAAUUUGUUGCAGCAAUGAUAUUCUGGCUUCAAGGAAGUUAUGUAGCCAUGCAUCAGCAUUGAUAGGAUGUCAUCAGUAUUACAAAAGAGCAAGCAGCAAAAAUAGACAAAGACCAAAUUUCAGAGAGUUCAAUAACAUGUUUGAUUGGUUUAAGGUCAAAGACCUGAUAGAGCAUCAUCGUAAUGCUCUUAUUUGGAAGAAACAACAGAUGAAUGAUGAUAAAAAAUAA